AGGUAAUUGAAACCAACCUUAAGCUUUUCUUAUCUCCGCCCUAAAGGUAGCCCCGAUUAUUGCUGACUUAAGCAUCGGAGUGUCUACCCCGAGUUCCACCUCGGGGCUUUGCAGGGCUGGGCUGUGCUUUCUUGGUAUUAUUGGAUGGUGCAAAUUUUAGGUGCUCAAUGUUGUAGGGCUGGGCUGUGCUUUCUUGCUAUUAUUGGAUGGUGCAAAAUUUGGGUGCCCAAUGUUGUUGGUAGAUAAAUUCUCCUUUUUGAAAGCUGAUCGCUCAAUUUUUUUCCUUUUGGGUUUGGUUGAUUCGGUGUCUUGGAAUGAAGUAUGAUAGGUUGAUCUCAAAGUUGUAUACCACUUAUUAGGAUAGAUGACCUUGAUCAUUUGAAGCUCUUUUAAUUUGGGGUUUCAUUUGGUUAUUAAAUUAUUAAAAGAUUUUGGCUCCCACUAAUUCUGGGUUGGUGGGAAUGCGGAAUAAGUGUCAGGAUAACUUAGUUUAGUCUUUUGCGUUUUAUCCCAUUUUUGUUUUUGUAGUAUUGCUGGUCCCGUGUCUAACUAGGCUCAGAGAAGUUGAAUGCCAUCUUUAGUAACUCCUAACAAAUUAUUCUCUUUGCGGUGUUUCUCUUUGAUAUUUGCAGCUAGCUAGUUACACCAUCUAAGAUUUCUAUGUUUUAUUUCGUUAACAUUGGUUUCUGCUCUUCUUGGCAUUCAUUAAGCCUUUUUUAUUUGGUCCCUUUAGUUUCAGUUUGUUUAUAUUAUGAGCUGAUUUGGCUGUUUGUUGUCUUAGAUGAAAUGUUUUUACCCUUAGCAGCUGCAAUCAAGAAAUACCUGUUUAAUUUCUUUUGUAGCAUGCACUGCAAUGAUAUUUAGUUGGUUACCGGGACAGGGAUUACUCUUUAUUUUGGACAGGGCCUUACUUGAAGUUUGCUGAUGCUACUGUUUAGGGAUUUUUUUUUUUUCUUCCUUUUCAUUUUUUUGUUCUGCACUUCUGCUGGUGGCCUCUUACAGUUAUACCUAUUUCAGACUUUCACGGUUUAUGUUGUCACUUUGUACCAUUUUCAAUUCUGUCUUUAGCUGUCUUUACUAAGGGAAGAUGGGGGUCUUUUGCAGUUUCUUUCAGAUUAAGGGUCAGGGGUUCUAAUUAUUUGAAGGAACUAAGAAAAUGUGAUGAUGGGGACAUAUGGAGAGUAGAACAGUGAGGCCUGAUGCAGAUGUUGAGAACAAAGCAUCCAGUGUGAUGCUGAGCUUUGACCCGCAGUUAGCUGUUAACAAUACCCUUUAAAUUCCCUCUUUACCCAUUCAAUUUAUUGCUGAAUAUUCCACCAAUAUAUGGUCCAUUUCCUUUUCUUCUUCGAGUCUUUCUUUUUGUGCUCAUAUUUUCAUAGUCCAAAUUCUUACAUCUCUUGUCUUCUUAGUUCAAACAUAGAGAUUUUUUUACAACUGUUGUUGCUGUAUAGUUACACUCAGUCCCUGUUCCUCUCAAAGGGUAAUCCUUUUGGUUAUCUGGUAUUAAACUGUGAACAUCAUGUCUCAACAUGUUAAAAUAGAGCAUAUUGAUUGGUUUAAUUUCUUGUUUGAUGGGUACCACUGGAGGGCAGUAUAUUAAGUGUUUUAUGUAGUGAGAUAUGACAGAGUUUGUUGCUCUAAGAACUUUGUUGUGGUGGAGUGCUGUCUUUUAAAAGUGAAUUAGGAGCAAAAACUGCAUUUGGGCUUUCAAUCUUUUUGCCCAGAUUUGGAAGACUCAGCUUGUAAUUUAUGCUUUUUUUCUCUUUUAUUUAUGUUUGAAUUGAACCCAUCAUGAUAUAGUAUUAGUGGAUCUAGUAUGCCUUACGUAAUUGUUUAAUGCAGGACUUUCCUGUGUUUCUCUUUGCUAUAAUGCUUGCUGAAUUUAA